CUUUACCGGUGGCGAAGCGUCUUGUUUAAGUUUUAUACUUUUAAUUCAAUAACAUAUAAACUAAACUCAUUUAAUAAUUUAAAAUGUCGAAAGCUCACCCUCCGGAAUUAAAGAAGUUCAUGGACAAGAAAUUGUCAAUCAAGUUAAACGCAGGUCGAGCAGUGACAGGUGUCCUUCGAGGAUUCGAUCCUUUCAUGAACCUGGUCUUAGAUGAGUCCGUAGAAGAAUGUAAAGACGGGCAGAGGAAUAACAUCGGAAUGGUUGUCAUCAGAGGGAACAGCAUCAUAAUGUUAGAAUCCCUAGAUAGAAUAUAGUCUUAAUGUAAUUUCAAUUGAUUAAGUUAGUAUAAGUUAUUGAACUCUAACUAAAGUAAUUGUUUAAAACACACAUCAACAUUUAUGGUAUGGUUCAUACAUUAUGGUAUAGAAUCAAGUGAGAAACCAAAUGUCAAAUAACUAAAAUGUAUAAUGAAAUAUUGAUUUCUUCACAUUAGCAUUUAAAAAGG